ACUCUUCGUGGGGGCGGGCUGUACUUACUUGAGCCCCAGCUGGCUAGGCUUACCGUAGCUAGCUAGGCCUUAGGAGCAAUCGAAACCGUUGUAUUAUCAGGUUGGCGCCUCGGAUGCAUUUUCCGUCGCACCUCUUCUCUACAUGUAUCCGAUUUCGAUUUCGCUUGUGGAAAUGUUGUGGCACGUGACAGCUCACGUGACCAGGUUCAUUUUGUUGUGUGCGGAAUAAUGUUUUUCACACGAGCAGCUCGUUCCCUGUUCACUGAAUACACUGUCCGUGGAUUAACGCCAUGGGGUCAAGGACAAACAAAAUUCGCAGUGCACGCUACCUCCGUUGAGCCGCUUGCUUGCUUGAUGGAUGGAGAAGCCAAGAUGAUCGCUCACAAUCCUGAGAUGGUCGCCCCUCAACAGUCAAACAGAAACAAAGAGCAGAAACAACGAUUUUAUUAAGGUACUAUGGUUAAUGUAGCCAUUGUGGGAGCAGGAGCCGCUGGUCUUCAGGCAGCAUUGACAUUGCAGAAUGCUGGGAUGACUUUUCAGAUCUUGGAGGCAGAUUCGAAACUUGGUGGUCGUCUUCAAAAACGAGAGGGGUUUGCGGAUUUCCCCAUUGAUGUUGGUGGUGAAUGGAUUCAUGUCAAUCCCAGCAUUUUGAAUGAUCUUGCAGGACAGACAGUCACCAAUACCAUCAACACAGUAGCCUAUCUUACGGAAUAUGAUGAAUAUGAAGAAGGUUCCUGGAAUACCUUACCAUAUCAAAACCAAGAUUACAAGUUCGUGGGAUAUACAUGGGCAGACUUUUUCAAUGAUCAUGUUGCCAAUUCUGGUGUCAAGGACAGCAUUGUCUACAACUGCAAUGUAAAUGCGAUCGACUAUUCCAGCUCUCCGGUUACACUUGGUUGCACAAGUGGCUCUACUUAUACAGCCGAUCAUGUCAUUGUCACAGUGUCUACAAAAGUUCUUCAAGACAACGACAUAUCCUUUACACCUACCAUCCCUUCCAAUGUGCGGAGUGCCAUUGACAAGUACAUUCUCAUGGAUGGUCUCAAAGCAUUCCUUAAGUUCACAUCCACAUUUUAUCGUCAAGGCUUUUCUCGAGCUGUUGAUUCUCAGGGUGUAACCUAUGGGGACAGAUACUUCUAUGACAUUACCUUUGGACAAUCAUCUUCUGAGCAUGUCAUGGGCUCGCUCGCGGUUGGACAGCCAGCAUCCUCGUAUGUCAGUCAAUCUGAACAGCAAGUCCUCAAGUCCAUCUUGGUGCAGCUUGAUGAGCUCUACAACAACCAAGCAACGCCGGCCUAUAUUGAUGGAUUUGUCCAGAAUUGGAACAAUCAGCCCUACGUUCGUGGGGCCUACACUCAUUUGGGGGAUAGGGACUAUGAAUCCGCCAUCACUACGAUGCGAACUUCGUUAGGAGAUGGCAAGGUUUACUUUGCUGGAGAAGCCAUUCCAGCAGACAAUUAUGAAUGGGGAUUUGCCCAUGAAGCUGCCAAAUCGGGACGCUCAGCGGCCAACAAGAUUAUCAGUGCCAACGGUGGAACGACAGAGGCGCCGUCUCCGUCUCCAGAUCCGUCCUGCUUUUCAAAACAGGCCACCGUCAAAGUCCGCGACCGAGAAGGUCCAACACCGAUGACACGUCUUGCACGAGGAGAUUGGGUAUUGGUGGAUGCCACAACCAACAAAUACGAGCCAAUCUACGCCUUUGCGCAUUGGAAUGAAGACAAGCAGUCAGAGUUCCUGCAGCUUACUACUAGCAGUGGCAGCAAGCUGGAGCUUACGGGAGAUCACAUGGUCUUUGUAGUUGGACGGCACCACCCCGUUCCGGCACGGUCAGUGCAAGUAGGGGAUCUCUUGGUGUCUGGUGGGAGCAAUGACACGUACGACACUGAUUUGGACCUGUCAGGAGGUCUUGUGACUAUGAUUCAAACAGUGCGCAGGACGGGGAUCUACGCACCAUUGACUCCUUCUGGAGCUUUGGUGGUGGAUGGUAUAUUGGCUUCAUCUUAUGUGGCAUUACAACAAGAGAGUCUCGAGUUUGUCCAAUGGCACGAUGGCACCACAAUCCCUCUUCUUUCCCAGCAACGCCUGGCCCAUUGGGGUUUGGCUCCAUUCCGCAUGAUUUGUACCACACAACUUUUGACGACGACUGCUGCAGCAAGUACUCUUUGCGAUGCCAGUGCUGACAACCAUGGCAUGCCGGCCUAUGUGAGGAUGGGGCUGCAGCUCAGUCAGUGGGCAGACCAGCAAAGCAAAUGGACGCAAGUGCUCCUAAUCUUUCCCCUCUUCUUGAUUCUUUUGGGUAUUCUUGCUUCCGCAGAAGUGCCGUGGUAUCUGGGGGUCCCUGGCUUGGUGACGUUGGUGACUCUUCUUUAUGUGCAUCUUGUUGCCAAACAUUGCAAUGUAUCCUUUUCUGUGCAAAGGAGCAAGUCAGCUCUUUGCUUUCAUCGAAUACUCAAAGCGAAAAAGUAGGCUCUAAGUUGGUCACAUUUUCAAACUACACAACCUAACUGGCUAGCCAUAUAAGUAAAGGAUCAAUAGUGACGGUACACACAAAUGACCGUGUUACCAAUACUGAGCCGAUCCUGAUUGUGCUCCACGGUACUGGAGUCUCUUCCAGCUUGCGAUUGGUAAC